AUGAUAUCACAAAAGCAGCCAUCGCUCCUGCCACCGCCAGCGCAAUCGAUCGCGACCACACCGAGCGCUAACAUGACGACAACGGCAACUACCGUCUCAGCGAAGAUGUCGUCGAUUGCUUCCGGCCCGGGCUCGGCGGCGACGGCGGCGGGGAAAACCGUCAACCAGCAAAGCGCAACGCCCCGAAUGCACCCGAAGAAGCGAAAGUUCGAUCUGGCCGAGUUGGAGGAGAUGGAAUCGCACCGCCCGGCGCAGCCUUCCGCUCCCCUACCUGUCCCACCGUCGCCGGAGACACUUUCCGGUGCACCGGUGGCCCCACAGCCAAUGGACACUGGACCCGGACCGGGAGGAGGAGAAGGAUGUUCUUCCUCGACGGCGGCCACCACCGGCACCACACAGCCGAGGGCGGCCAGCGUCUAUGAAUCGGAUGGGGGGCGCACCGGCAUCUCCACGACGGUACUGAAGAACGGUACCACCGGCGCCGUCGGUCGCGGGGCCAACGGCAACAACUUUGAACUGUACAGUAGUAGCAUAAGUAAUGGAAGUAUCGGGGCUAGCAGCAGCACCAGUAACUGUAGUACCCUUAGCCGAACCGUUAACAAUUCGUGCGAUAAUACGAGCUUGACUACAACGAUGUCGUCCACUGCACCAACAUUGGCCCGUGUGGGAAGUAUGAACUGUAACGAUCGCAGCACCGGCAGUCCCAAGCGGCGUUCGGUAGCGCCUUCGUCCCCACCAGGACCCGUAAGUCAGUCACUAGACGGCAGAAUUCACCCCGUCAGUGCAGCAUCCUCCCGAACGAGCGCGGCCAGUGGAACGACGCUAUCCGCAGCCAUGGUGGCUGGCACCAUCACCACUCCGAUGGUUAGCAGCUCGGUCGUACCUACAUCGCAGCAGCUACACCUUGCGCCCCGGCCGACUCAUUAUCACCAUCACCAUCUGUAUCCGGGUGUAGGCACCACCGGUGGUGGCAGCCUAGCGACGAGCAGUCCGGGGCUCGUAAGCAACACCGUAGUCAACCGAUCUCAGAGCUACACCAUUUCUACCAUCACGCUGCAGCAACCGACGGUGGCUACAUCGGUGGCUUCCGGCAGCAGUAGUCUGCGUCACGAGCAGCAGCAGCAGCAGCAGCAGCUGAUUGGGGUGCCCAACCGCCAGGUGCUGUUGGCGGUCGAUCCCGGACCAACGGUACGGCACCAAAGUCAGACGGCGGUGGCACAGCAGCAAGUGCUGCGAUUGCAGCACACGUCCUCGCCGGCAGACACUUACUUGCCGGCGAAAAAGCUGCACACCGCUCCAUCCUACGGAUCGCCAGGAAGCUACAAACCCUCCCAGACUCCACCGUCGGCUGCCAACACGUCGACUCCUUCGCCCAUCCAUCAGCUGCCACCAUCCACCUUCUCCGUGCCACAGCAACAGCAGCAACACUACCAUCAUCACCAUCAGCAGCCGCCACAGCACCAUCAUCAUCAUCAUCAUCAUCGCCAGCGGUCACCUCCGUCCUCGGGACUUCCUGCGGAUGAAACUGCGAGCGUCCAUCAGCAGCAGCAACAUGCGGCCGGGGCUGCUGCAACGCUCGGAACGGUCCGUAAUCUAAUCGACCUGAGCGAGUGGGUCAAUCAUCGGGUGUUGGCUCGGCGGAACGGUGUUUACGAUUCCGGGCGCAUCCGGGCCACACCCGCGCCGAGCACGGUCGUCAUCGGUUUCGACUACCCGGAAGGCAGCCACCAGACGUACGACGACGUGUUUAGAGGCAGCGCCGCGGAACAGCAGGACAUUAUCGACGACGUGUGUCCGACGACGACGACGCUGAUCGACCUGCGGCCUGGCAUACGGGUGGGCGUGCGCGCUACGUGCGUUCACCCGCACCCGAUCAGCAGCGGCGGUGGGGACGUAUUUAUCGAGGGCAUCGUGAAGGAGGUGCAGAACAACAAGAAACAGUUCGCGGUGCAGAUAACGGGUGGCGGUAUCGGCGAUAAGCAAGAGCCUCUAAUAGUGAAAAGAGUCGAUAUCCGACUGCUUAAGCCCCCCUGGUGGGACGAACUCGAGGAAGCGCUGGGAAGUGUGAACGGUGCUGGACAGGCCAGUGGCAGUCUAGCGGUGAUCGCAGCUGACCAUCGCACUUCGCAGCAGCGCCCGAGUGGCGAGCUGGACGAACCACGCAGCAGUAACCCUCCUCUACAGCAGCACCAGUCAGGAGGCCUCAUGAGCUACGUAUCGGCAGCAAACAGUGGGAACCACCACCAUCACCAUCUUGUUGGUGGUGGCGGCUUGGAAGGUGGUGGUCUUUCCGCGCCCUCGGCUACCGUUAUUUAUGCUAGCACGGCCGGAGGCAGCAGCACCGGCGGGGGAGCACAUUACAAAAAUAGCAUUAGCAUAACGCAGGGCCGGGGAAUCCGCUAUGAUCCAGCCGCGGCGGCGGCAGCGGCUGCAGCAGCUAAUUCGCAGUCGACCGAGGCUCAGCUACUGAGUGCGGUUCAUGUGCCAUUACAGCUCCAGCAGCAGCACGCAGCUCUGCCGCUGCCUGGAGACGAACAGCAGCACCGUCACCAUCACUAUCGAAGUGCCGCUACUUCGCCAUUUCAAGCGGCGCAACUGACGAACGCCGCGGAUGGGGCCGGAUCCGGCACUGCACACUACCCGAAGGCCGGAAACAUUGUGACGCUGCAGCACCCUGCCCAACAUCAUCAGCAGCAGCAUCAUCUGCACGGUCAGCAUCAAGGAGCGAUUCCGGCGCCGGCCCACAGUAGCAGCGUAACAUCGAUGGCUACGAGUGGCGGUGGAGCUACCACCGGGACAGUAUUACGGACCGUCAGUCCGGACGAUCUGCGCACCACGAACCGAAGCUACGAUUACGAGAGCGACGAUGAAGUGCGCAGCAGUUUCCCCAUGGAUGGAGAAACUGAAAAAUACUCAGGCAGUAGUAAACGGAGUAGUAUGCAAAGCCGUGGCAGUACCUCAAGCUUACUGGACCAACGAAGUACACCCAGAUCUCAACCAGCAACUCCAAGAUCUCAAGCGGCAACCCCCCAUCGGUUCAAGAAGGGGGACGUGGUCUCAACGCCGACCGGUAUCCGGAAGAAGUUCAACGGGAAGCAGUGGCGUAGGCUGUGCUCGAACGAAGCCUGUUCGAAAGAAUCUCAACGACGGGGCUACUGCUCGCGGCACCUCAGCCAGAAGGGAAACGCGCUCCGCUCGUCCACCAGCUCGGUGAACCAUUUCAACAGUCGAUCGAGCAGCAAAACGCAACUGGACGAGGAAACGUCACGAGAUUCGGAAACAUCGCCACACUAUCGCGUUACCGGACGGUUUGAUCAGGACGAAACGGACGCUGCCAAUAUGCUCGUUUCGCUCAGCAGUUCCCGAUCGGCGACACCCAGUAACUCAUUCUCGUCCCCGACGGGCCAUGGCUCGUCACCACACGCCACACAAUCGCCGGUUACCAUUGGCAAUCGGCAGAACGUGUUCAUGCCAAUUGGGAGUCCCGCUCCGUCUGCCGAGACACCGCACGGUAGCAAGUACAAAACGGCCAACACGCCGAGCCCGAACCCGAUCGGCGGUAUUGGUGGCGGCGGUGGUUUAACCGGUGUUGGUAGUGGCCACCAUCAACUGAUUCGGCCGGAAUCGUUGCGUCCCGCAACGCAAUCUUCAUCGUCACACGGAUCUGCCUCGGUGGCGGUGGCAGCAGCAGCAGCGUCUGCGACCCCCACUAGCGUCAUACGCAUGUCUCCGCUUUACGCGCAGCAUCCGUCGCACCCGUCGGCCAUCUACUCUCCCUUUCCGCCCGUCUCAACGCAACAACAGCAAGUGAUCGUUGAUUCGAUUACUUCCGCCGCAGCAGCAGCAGCUGCCGUCGUUUCCAGCCAGCAGCACAGCCUCUCGACGCUUCCACCGGCGCAGCAACAUCCACAUGCACUGCUAACCCAACAGCAGCAACAGCAGCAGGUGCAGCAAUCCCAUCAUACGCAGCCACCUCCGCAGGCACAUCACCAUCAUACGAUCAUUCAGCAGCAUCAGCAGCAACACUUACAAUCACAACAACAAUCGCCUCAGCAUCAGUCAAUGCCGCAACACACCACCGUGGUAUUGAACCAACACCAGUCGUUAGCCGUGCCAAAAAACGGCAUUAGCACGGGUUCCACCUAUCAAUGGCAUGCAUUGCUUCCGAUUAUUCAGGGUCCGGUCGCGCAAACUGUCUCGCAACCACUGCCGGUACCAUCCAGCAGUGCGGUCACGAUGAAACCAUCGUUGCCGCCCUCUUCUUCGUCCUCUUCCACGUCGAUGUCCAAUGCUGCCGGUCCGGCAGUCGGCACCGCAGCAGCAACGAAAGCCAGCGCGUACAGCAGCACCUCUCCUCCUCCGCCAGAGGUUCUACCGAUCGACGACGACGACCAGGGAGACGAUGAUGUCUUUGAAGCAGAGCCCGUGAAAACGACGACAACCAAUACUAAUACCACGACAACGACAAACGCUUCGGCGAAGCUGGGCAAAGCGGGAGACCUGGCCUCCCACAAAUUUCAGCAGCAACAGCAGCAGACCGCUGGACAAAAUGCGCAUUAUUUGGACAGAAGUGAGGAGGGAAUGGUGGGUGCCGGCCAUUAUCAAUUGUUGCGAGGAAUUGACAUUGAGGCACCGGCAUCUGCUGUACCGGCCGGCUCUUCAUCCGCAACGGAGAGCGCCGAGGCGUUGGCGAAGCGUCGCACACAAUCUUGCAGCGCUGCGUUACAGGCAGCCGCUUCGAGUGGAGCAGGAGGAGGAACAGGGAGCAGCGCAACUACUCCCUCCGCCACGGCUGGUGGUUGUAGCACGCCCAAGGAACCGGCGAGCCCGUUGAGCAAAAAGGACGCCAAGAUACGGCGUCCGAUGAAUGCGUUCAUGAUUUUCUCCAAACGGCACCGUGCGCUGGUACACCAGAAGCACCCGAACCAGGAUAAUCGAACCGUGAGCAAGAUCCUUGGUGAAUGGUGGUACGCACUGAAGCCGGAGGAGAAAACAAAGUACCAUGAACUGGCGAGUGAAGUAAAAGAGGCUCACUUCAAGGCACAUCCCGAGUGGAAGUGGUGUUCGAAAGAUCGUCGCAAGUCAUCCUCCUCGGCCAAGGACGGAAGUGCAGUAGGAGCCGCUGGUAGCGGCCAAAAUGCGCCGUCGUCAACCGGUAGCCGCGGACGGAUCGAUUCAUUCGAUGGCACGGAUUCGUUUGAUGAAAAAAGUCCCACGACUCCGGCGGAACAUCUUCAUCAACAGCCUGGCGGCGCUGGAACGGGCGGGGGCCCAUCUCAAACCAACGAUAUCAUUCCACUUACCGUGGCACCGUACAAUUCGAUCGAUGAGACAGCCGAAUCGGGAGUCGGCAGCAUGAUGCCACCAGCAACGGCUGGUCUGCCGCGAAACGUCCCCGAUUCAUCCUACCCCGAGGCGAUGGUAGUCGAUGGACCCGCCGAACGUGAAGACGACCGAGCAACGGAGAUCGCUGGAAAUGAGGUGAAAAACGAAGAUGAGGAUCGUAUGGACAUUUCCGUUACGGAACAAGAGGAACAGCAGCCGAUGGAACAGGAAGAUGAACCUUCCGCUGGUGGCGACGCAGACGUCGAGCAUCAACAGAUGAUAAUCGCCGAAGAGUCAACAGCGGCACCGGUCGAAAAAGUCGAGAUCAUUGAUCUCAAGUGCGCUGAAAAGGUUAGCGACUCCGACGACUUGGACGAUCCUCGUCGCCCGGCAUCGAUCAAUGGCCCGACAGAGAAAGGCGACACACAGCAAUUGGUUGCUACUGCUGAUAAUACUUCAACAAAGGUUUCAGAAUCGAUGGUUUCAAACGAUAGCAGCAACGGAAGUAUUGUUGAUCUUCAUCGGCAUCACCAUCAUCAUCACCAGCUACAGCAGCAGCAGCAUCAUCAUCAACCGGUCGUUAGCAACGGAGACGUAGCAACAGACUAUUCGAUUAAAUCGCUAACAGCUAACAGCACAACGACCAGCACCAGUGGACCAACGACACCAGGAGGACCGAAUUCGCUGGGCGCCUCUGAUUCGCUGACCUACAAACCGAAGCCAAUCAAAGCCGCAAUCCGAUCACAAGGGAUCGGUGGUGCCACUGGCGACGGUACCGUUUCCGGGGGUGCGCAGGCGAUUUACCAACACCAUCAUCCCAUCGGAUACGCGUACAGCAGUCCGAAGAAUCCGGUCGGUGUGUCGCCGUUUCAACCGACAGGCGGAGCAUUUAAAACGAUGCCACAGAGCCCGAAAACCCUUGGCAAACAGCAGCAGCAGGACAUCCAGCAAACGUAUCUGCUUUCCCCGGCGCCGUCCACACCCACGACAGUCAAGAUUGAACCGGUGGAAAACCUAUCGCUCGGCGGUACGACUAUGCGUCACCAUGCGCAGGAAGCGACAAUCUUCAAUUUUUCAGCUGCGGCACUUAAAGAACAGCAACACCAGGCGUCUCUGGUAUCGUCCCAUUACCAUUCGGGGAACCACAGCAGCAUCGAUCCGCACCAGUUGCUGCUGACGGUCGGUGGUGGCGGAAGUUGCAACGGUGAAAUGAUAACGGCAUCCUCCAACAUCGCUACACCGAUGGCCCUUCCGUCCACGGAUGGUGGCAAUAAAUGUAAAUCGAUAAGUCUCAAUCCCACCAUUUGUUACACGAUCUCUAACGUUAAUGGUAACCACGCGGCCACUAGUAGCAAUGCAAACCUUAAGCCUAGUACUAAUGCAAUAGUGAUGAGCAUGAAACAAGUUUUGCCAGUGGUAUCGUCCUCGGCCACAGCGGCCACCUCGCUGCUGCCGUCUUUGACGUCCGUGGCGGCUCCCCUGCACCACGGACUGAUGGCCCCCGUCGGAGGACAACCAACCACCUAUUCGCUGUUGUCAACAGGUGGCACUGCUCCGACCUUUGUCAGUGCAACCGAUCUGACCGCUGGAGAUGGCCGCGGUGGAUUGAUGACGUCUUCGACGGCCACGAUUCUAGCGUCCGCUCAGCGGCUUCCGGGACGACAGAAACUCAUGCUAUGUCCUCAGUUUGCCUUAGUCCUCCCCGAAAACCAACAAUUCACGUUGAGCGAUCGUCCCAAAAUAUUUGCCAAUCUUUCUACGGCACCGUCGGCACCGACGGCCACGUACACCAUUAAGUCCGCGCCGUCGUCAGGCACAAUCUUUUCCGCCGUGCCGCUCUCCUCAUCAUCCACUUCCGCGGCCGUUUCCUCUUCCGUCUCCACUUCCACUUCCUGUUCCGCUGCUCCCACGGUUGCCUUUGCACUAACCCCAGCGAAGACGAUUGCCGCCGGGACACGCCAACAGACGGUUUCAUCGUCCUCACUGGUCGCUGGUUCCUCGGUGGCGCAUGUGAAACUGGCCAACAUCAUAUCAGCCACGGCUACGGCGCUAACGCCCUCAUCAUCGUCCUCCUAUUCAUUGCCCUCGCCAUCAUCAUCGUCAUUAUCAUCUUCUUCCCUGUUGUCGUCGUCAUCGUCGUCGUCAUCAUCGAGUGUGCAAAAAUCGACCGCUACAACGGUGACGGCCACCACUAACAGUAACAGCAGCAACACAACGGCCAACACCACCAAUACUACUACUGCUACUACUACUACUACGGCCAACGCCAUUGUGGCGACGGGUCCCACGACCUCCAUACAAUAUUUGAUCCAAGGCAAGAUACCGAAUCUUCUCAUCUCCACCGCACAGGGCUAUCCGGCGCAGCUCCAGCAGCAGCACCACCACCUCCACAGCCAUCAACAGCAGCCGCACCUUACCCAACACCUCCACCAUCACCAGCUGCAUCAGUAUCCGUCGGUCAAGCAGGAGCCUCCGGAAUCGCCCGGUGCCAGGCACUUGCCGAUUACACCCAACUCGACCAGCACAUCCACCUACAGUGCUGGCAGCAGUGGCAGUGGCAGUAGUACGUCUAGCAGCGUCAGCAACCACACGGCAGCUGGCCCGGGAGCAGGCGAUGGGACAUCGGUCGGUAGUAGAGCGGCAACAGACACGGCCGCCGGUGGAACGUCUGCCGACCAAGCGAAUGAAGAAACGGAUGGCGAAGACUACGGUGCGCCACCGGAGAGUAAAAAAUUCAUUCUCGCACCGACUCCAGCCCAGCUGGGUCGGGCUCCGCUUCAGCGCCGUCAGAUGAGCAACAGCAGCAGCAAUAGCGGCGGUUCCAAGACACCGGUGAUGACGCAUCAGCAACAGUCACAACCUCACGAGCAGCCCGAGACUCACGCGAUCGACAACUCCACCAGCAACCAACAGCUGACCUCGAUGCCAUCCGCGCUGCCAACGCCGACGUCCGCCUCAAUUGAGGACUACCACAACCAGAUAUCACCCUCCACCGCGAAAAAGGUGUUCUUCCGGAAGGCAAAACCAGACGAUAUGGAUAAUGUCCUCCGGCAGGUGGACUUUGAGAAAAAGUUCAAAACGUUGCCCCAGUUCAAGCCGGAAGACUGUCACUCGCCCAGUGCCAUCACAGCAUCGUCGCCGCGCGUUUUUACGCAAAACUAUCGCAAAAAGCAAACCACGACACACAAAACACUCCCUGACGAAGAUCAGCAGCACCAUCAACAACAGCAACAGCAACAACAGCAACACCAACAGCAGCAACAGCAACAACACAAUAACGUCCUGCAUUCGGAUGGAAGUGCUCCACCAUUGUCCAGUACGGCCACACCCUCCAGUUCGUACGUUAUUGGAAAUCGCUUUUUCGGACCCGAUUUCAACAUGGAACAGUACAAAGAAAUGGCGGCAAACGACAAUCUGCUAGUUGGUAGCAGUGAGCGGUCACCCCGCACGCCGAAAACGCCAUCGCAGCGGUCGGUCAAUUCGGCCGAAGAGAAAGGCCACCGGAAGAUACUGGAACAGCGGCGCAAUCUCGUUGUGCAGCUGUUCAACGAACACGGCAUGUUUCCGUCAACGCACGCGACCAACAGCUUCCAGUUGGCACACAGUGACAUAUUCCCGAACAAGCAAAGCCUACAGCUGAAAAUACGUGAAGUGCGACAGAAGUCCAUGGCUCAACCACACGGUUUCACGCCCCAGUCUGCUGGGCCCAUUACACCGACUGAUCUUGGCAGUGGGGUUGGUCAAUCGGACGGUCAUCAACCGCAGGCGCUGCAUCAUCAACUGCAUCAUCCGCAGCACCACCAGCAGCAGCAACAACAACAGCAACUGCAACUGCAACAACAACCACAACAACACUCCCAUUCAGCCCAUCAUCAUCAUCAUCACCAUCAUCACCAGCAAAUGCUAAAACAGGAGCAACAGCAGUAAAUAUAGUUUCUUAGGCAACGGCGUACAGUUCACGAUGGAACGGAAAGUCUCACCGGGGCAGGUUGUUGAAAUUGAUUUGCAAAGAAGAUGAGCUUAUUGAAGAAGAUGAGCAUUUGCGAGACAUUUGCGUGUUUGGGGGAAACGAUAUAGUGGGUUGAAAUGCACGCUCAGUUUGAAGACCGUGAGUAAACGUAAGCAAAUUGUGUGUAUAUACAUCAUA